AUGGCAAAACCAGUUAAUGUCGCCGAUCUACCGUAUUAUGAUCCAGUGGUGGAUAAAAAGGUAGCUUUAGUAACAGGCGGAAAUUCGGGAAUUGGGUACUAUACUGUCCUACAUUUAUAUUUACAUGGAUUUAAGGUAUACCUUGGUGGUAGAAAUAGUCACCGGGUUAAUCAUGCAAUCAAAGAAAUCAGGCAAGAAGCAAAAGUGAGGUUACAGAAAGACAAGGAUAAUACUUUAUCAAGAAAGGUAGGACAACUUGAAUAUUUGCACAUAGAUUUAACGGAUUUAAAUUCCGUAGAGAAGGCAUGCAAGAAGUUACGCACACAAGAGACCACAUUGGAUGUUUUAAUCAAUAAUGCAGGUGUUAUGGCCUUGCCGUACGGCCUAACGAAAGAUAAUUUUGAGAUUCAAAUGCAGACUAACUAUAUUUCUCAUUUCCUACUCACUAUAAGAUUAUUACCGCUUUUGAAGGCAGCACAUGGCAGAAUCGUUACCGUAUCUUCUGUAGGUCAUCAACUCAUACUUUUCAACUGCAAUCCUGGCUCGCAGUUUAAUUAUUGGCCAGAUGCCUUUUUCAUGUGGUGCAGAUAUGCCUUGGCUAAGACCGCAUCCAUUCAAUUUACAAAGAUGUUGGCUAUAAAGCAUCCUGAUAUCCUUUCGGUAUCUCUUCAUCCUGGGCUAGUAAUGAACACAAAUCUUUUUAGUUAUUGCACAAGACUUCCAUUUGUAGGAAUUUUCUUUUGGAUUCUGUUUCAAGUAGUUGGAUAUUUCUUCGGCGUUUCAAACGAACAAGGGUCUAUAUCGACAUUGAAGUGUGCACUCUCACCAGAUCUUUCAACAGAAUUGGAUAAUGGUGCUUAUUUCACAACUGGUGGAUAUAUGUCAACCCCAAGUCGCGUUGCAAGAAGCCUAGACAAUGCUGCAUCAACAUGGAUAUGGACAGUAAACGAACUUCGUAAUCGUGGACACGAAGUUUAA